ACAGAUUUAUGUUUAGAUAUCCGAUAUGAAGAAUUGAUGGGUAUGACCUUGCGUGAAUGCGACUUUGGUCGCAGAAUGUUUUUCGCCGUGGUAUUCGGAAUGCUCAUCGGUUACGAAAGGAGGUCUCCGGAACGUGCCGCCGGUAUCAGGACGAUGUCCCUGACAAGUUUAGGCUCGUGUUGUUUUACGUUGUGCUCGAUGUUUGCCUUCACCACUGGUCCUAUGGCGUGGGAUGCGUCGCGUGUGUCUGCGGCCAUCCCUAGCGGUGUAGGUUUUCUGGGUGCCGGACUUAUUUGGAAGGGCAGCAGUCUGGAUGGUAGCUCGCCACAGGUCCAUGGUCUCACAACAGCCGCGUCGGUAUGGCUCAGUGCUGCGGUAGGAACGGCCGCCGGGGGUAGAAUGUACUUUGUGUGCACCUACGUGGUGUGUUUACUGAUGGUAAUACUCAGAUUCGCCCCACGAUCUGGCAAUAUGGAACAUGACGAUGAGGACGACGAUGAGGAUCAAUACGAAAGGGAAAGCGAUGAAGAAGCGGGUAUUGCAAAUGGACUGGAAAGCCUUGGCUACGUCACCUCGGCUACGGAGAAUACAGCCUUGUUGAACGGUUCAGAUUCUGGACAAUCUCCUCGCAAUAGUAUAUCAGGCAUGAGCCAAACGAAGUCCAGAAGGCGCAGAAGUAGAGGUCACGCGGGUGGCAGUAUAUAUAAACCGUAAAUCGAAGUUUCCUUAUAAUAAAAACUGGCCAUCC